AAAUUUGGGAAAGGCGAUGGGAGACCCAGGGAUGGCUCGCUGUGCCCUGGGGAAGGGGAGGGAGGUGUGGCAGCGCUGUGAAAAUGCGAAAUGUGCACGGGCAGGUGCGUUUCAGGCAAUAUUCAGUGGCCGGAAUAUUCCUGUGCCCUGCGGAGUUUGUGCUGGUGUUCCCGGCUUUAUUAGGGAGCUCUGGAAUAAGCAAGCUGACAAAUCCCAUCACAGGCAGCCUUGCUGUCAGCUUCUACGAGGAGCUUGUGUCUCACGGCGUCCUGAAGGCACUGACCGCUCCCGUGGAAGGAAUGGUGGUGAGAGAAGGCUCCCAAAAUUACGUGGCACCCCAGGGCAUCUCCUCGGUUGUCAAGUACUAUUUAGAACAGUCAGGUGCUGAGGUGUCCUAUGAGCAGCAGGUGACUGACAUCUCUCUGCGGGAUGGCAGGUGGGAAGUCUCCAGGAAAUCAGGACCCCCAGAGCAGUUUGAUGUGGUCAUUCUCACCAUGCCUGUCCCACAGAUCCUCCAGCUGCAAGGUGACAUUGUGGACAUAAUUAAUGGAAGUCAAAAGCAGCAACUGGAAUCAGUGAGCUACUCAUCCCGCUAUGCCCUGGGACUGUUCUACGAGGCUGGGGCAGGGAUUGCUGUCCCCUGGGCUGCUCGCUACAUCUCCGAUAAUCCCUGCGUGCGCUUCAUCUCCGUCGAUAACAAGAAGCGCAAUAUAGAAUCCCCUGAGGUGGGGCCCUCGGUGGUGGUGCACACGACUGUGACCUUUGGGAGCCAGCACCUGGACUCAGACCCUGCAGAGGUGCAGCAGAUCAUCCUCAGCCACCUGCAGAGCAUCCUGCCCUCCCUGCCUGAGCCAAGCAGCAUCAAGUGCCAGAGAUGGAGAUACUCCCAGGUUACAAGAGCUGUGCCCAAUUGUCCAGGACAGAUGAUUCUUCACACUCAGCCUCUCCUGAUCUGUGGGGGUGAUGCAUUCACUCGUUCCAACUUUGAUGGCUGCAUAGAGUCUGCCAUGAGCCUUGCAGAGGCUGUGAAGCCUCAUUUACAGCAAUUUCAAAGCCAGGCUGCUAAACUCCCUCUAGAUUUGUUAUGAAUUUCACUGGGAUGGGUUGAAUUUGAGCUUAGCAUCAACGUUAUCUUGCAAAAAAACAAAUAAAGGAAGACGCGCUGGAAUAAUUAUUGGGAUAGAAUUAAAUUGAAUUUUCCAGGAUC